UAUAGGUUAGUGCAAGUACAUACAACGAGGUCUUCUGAAAAAACAAAACUGGAAGUGAGACCCUGACACUGGGGGGAGGGGAGAUGCGUAGAGGGGUGCUUGAAAACUGGGCUCGGGUGCGAAUUUGAGAAAGUAUUAAGUGCAGAAAUGAGCACCUGAAGAAAGAUAUUAGAAUAGUGCAGGGAUGGAGAGCGGAGAGAAAGGGGAGAUAAUGUUUUUCUUGGCUAUUGCUAGUGAGAUAAUUUCAAGAAAAUGUGGGGAGGUGUGAGGUUCCACGACUGUGUUGAUGGUGUGGGGGGGGGAUUGUGUGAGGUAAAAGGACUGUGUUGAAGGUGAAGGUUUCGGUGGCAUCACAACAUGAGAUGUUUUUGAUGUUCUGUGGAUUGUAGUUUGUAUUGGAUUUAAAAGAAACAUUUUUAAUUAACCACUCUAGUUCAGCUCGAAACCAAAUCGAAACCAAAAGUACAAUGGCACAAGAGUGACGUGUCCAACACGUCAGCUGGUCAUUUUACUCUGAAACAAAAGGUCAACACAAGAGACACAUCUCCAGACCAUAGCUAGAGGUCACGUGAUGGUGAGUGCAGAAAGAAUUCAAGUGACGUUACAAGGUGGAGCUCCUUGGGGGUUUCGUUUGUCUGGGGGUGGAUCUUUGCCCCUGACUAUUAACAAGAUACGUAAGAAGAGUCAAGCUCACCUAAAUGGUUUACAAGAAGGAGACGCCAUCAUCUCCAUUAAUGGCGUCCAUGUACAUGACAAGAGCCAGGACGAGGCUCUAGAACUGGUGGAGAAGGCUGGGGACUCACUUUCUCUGGAGAUAUACAGAGGCGACAAUGAUGACUCGACUCGAGACAAGCCAAAGAAGGCAAUCUUGGUGCCUGGAGGUGUAGCAGCAGCACCUGUCCAGGAUGAAGCACCACAAGCUCAAUUUAUCAAAACAUCAUCUGUUGAUAACGUCACUUCCGACUCAUUCGAGACUGCAGAGAGUGACAUCAGUCACGGUGGGUUCAAGGUCACAGUCUCUGUGGACGAGAUGUCCGGCUCGACCUACAACACUGAAACUUCACCAGGACUCAUUUUGAGAGCUACUGUGGAUGACGUGUCUGCAUCAAGUCGUGCCACUCAGAUGGUAGAGCCCUCUCCAGUUCUCUCGGUCCAAACUGCUGAGUACACAAAAGACCAGUAUGAGCUGGAGUCUACUUCAUCCCUUCCGACAGUCAUGGCUACUCCCUUCACUGACUCCACGGUCAUUGUUGACGCCCCUGCUUUAAGCUUUAUCCCAGGUCCUCAACUUCCUGGGCCGCAAGCCCUUACUGACACCUAUCAAUCAGGAACUGUAACCGCUUCACGAUCUCCCCAGAGUCGCAGCCCUGUGCCACCACCGGUCAGUCCCAAACCAGUGGCCGUGCCGCCACCACCUCCCAUCAGCCCCAAGCCGUCCGGCGUAACCUCCAGCUCUAGUUACGCGACUUUCGACGACGGCCAGACUCGACGUGAGGUCACCCGGGAGCAGCACAUUCAGCGAAGCGACGACGGCUCCAACUCGACCGUCGUCCAGCGGGAAUCCACUCUGACGACCAGUAAUUACGGCCCGUCCUACGUGAAAAGCCAGCAAUCGUCUUUUAACGUGGUUCAGUCCAGCGGCAUCGGAGACACUCAAAGAUCAUCUUCCAAGACUACAACGUUGCUCAACACGACCACUACUGUCGUCAACAAAAAAGGACCCACGCCUUUUGCCAGUAGCGUCUCUAGCAACAUACAGCUCCCUCCAAUACCACAGCCUGGCCUCAGUGGAAGUCUUAGCACUGGGAAUCUAUCAAAGCCUGCUCCUAUGUUUAAACCCACCAAAUAUGUCCCGGGAUCUGGUAAGAAAGAAGUUCCUGGACUUUACCCUCCAACAUCUCCUUUGGUGGACACUAACGUCAACGCUAAAUUUAAAUUUGGCAAAGAGAAUGCUGCCCCGACUCCUAUGUUCCAGGUCAAGAAAAUUGUAUCUGAGAACACUCAACCCAAAGGUCGGGAUAUCUGGAGGCCAAAUGUCUGGCUCCCAGACCAAGAUCCUACUCAGAUGCCUGGUUCUGCAGCCAUGACCCCGACAGAGGACAACCCACCCUACUUCACGCUACCCUUUGCUAAAAAACAUGGCAAGUCUCUGGUGGAAGAACAGAAAAGGAAGUUAUUGCAAUCUCAGAUGUCCACGUCAUCAAGGACUGAUCACGAGGACUUCUACACGGAUGGUCAAGACUUACACCACGAGGCCCACCAUUCACACCACAAACGUCUGCACGUCUUUGCUCCACCAGUUUUCAUCCAAGCUGACGCUGACGCCAGCGAAAUGUAUUCUCCCUACGAUGAGCAGCUGCUGGACGAUGAGGAUGACGCGUCCAGUCAGGCUUCAUCGACCACUCGGAGAAAGAAAAAGCUGUACGCCGACUCAGCGUUCUAUGAUGCUCCUGGAAAGAAUUACCCAACAAUCACUGAACAAAUGAAACUGUGCAAGAAGAUUGCCCAGUCUCUGACGUCUGCUGCCAACAGAAGAGCCCGCGGUGCCAAGAUGUUCAUGAAACGCAAAAGAAAGUCAACCAAGUGGAUCCACGAAGGUCAAAGCGAGUUCUCAUCGUCUGCUGGGGAUGUGGCUAAUCUUCACGAGCUAGACAGUGAACUGAGUCCAGACGAAGGGGGAAACAAACCCCUCCUUUACUUCAAGAUCCCUAGUCUGAAACAUCGCAUUAGCAGCGAGGGAAAACAGACAAAAAUGGCGCUAACUCAAGAAGAAUUUGAGAAGCUUCGCCUCAACUCUAAAAAAUGCGACCACAGAAACGUAGCCCCAGACACUUGUUUCGACAUCGUGGCUGACCUGAAGGCGCAUAAAGGGAAAGGAGGCAGAAUGUUCGAGAAACGAAAACAAAGGUCUGACAAGUUUGUAAUCGAUGAAAGCAAUGCCAGAUUUGUGGCCCCGACUCCCAAGAUAACUCAUCCGAUAAAACCUUUGCGCCAAGAGAAGACGCCAUGGGAGGCUGCUAUGGAGAAUCAAGGGAAAGUGGACGCCGCCUUCUCUCAGCUGACUGAAUGGGAGAAGAACCAAAGGCUAAAUCUCAAUGCUAAUAAGAACCUAGAUCUAGCACCUCUUCCGGCAGUCAAAUCAACACUGAGAUCUGACGAGUCUCCACACCUCUUGAAAGGCAAAAACUUCAAUCGCACUGCAAGAGGAUGGGCUGGUGGUGGAGAGUACCCUGUGGCUGAUCAACUUCGACCAGUAGAAGUAAACUUUGCAAAACCUCAAAGUCCAAUGCAACCAGCCCAAAGCUCCCCCAGACAGCCUGUUGUCAGCCAGAGGCUCCAGGAUCCACCUCAGCCACCUACUGCGCCGGAGCUCGUCCAACGAAAACGCAAUCCCCCAACUGCCCCAAAACCACAGGUCACCUGGCAAACCGCCACGCCUGAGUCAUGGCAACCCAAUCGGCAGGAAAACCUGCAAACAAACAGGCAAUCCAACCGACAGGAAACAUGGAAACCAGAAAGUCAAGACACACGACAGUCCAACUGGCAACAAGUGAGACAACAGGCUAGCGUGCAAGAUGACUGGCGAAAUAACGAACUGGCCAUGUCUAGACAGAGGGGCGGAGGGGAUGGAAACUCACAGAGACCAAAAAGCUGGCAUCCAAACAACGCAAACCAGAGAGACGCAUUUGAUGAUUCUUAUGCUCCUGUGGAUUACAAUUUCGGAUCCCAAGAGUAUCCCAAAGUCGCCUACAUGCAGCCAAUUAUUCCAGGAACUGACUUGUGAUACGAUUGCUCUUCCGUCUCAUACUAGUGCAGAUGACGUAAUGGAUUUUUGCGUCUGUUUGACUUUAUUCAUUUUUUUUCCACAUAGACGUUGAACUCCUGACGGUAUUCGUAUGUAAUUUCAGUUUAAAAUGCUCACAAGAAAUCAAUCUCCAUUUUAAUUUUCCAAACUAUUUACAUAAUCUAAACAACAAUGAUUAUUAUACUGAAUGAUUAUACAAUCAUGUCUUUGUUAACAUUUUUAACCAUACAAGAGCUCAGUCGUUGGCAUGACGAAAAAAAAAAGUGUGUUUUGCAAUCUGUUAAUAUAUCUUUGUCAAUAGUAAACCAAAAAUUGCUCAUGUCUGUGGCUGAAAUUAGAUGAUGAACGUGUCUCAUUAAAUUAUAAUCCAACAAAAAUGUUCAGAAAUAAUAAAUAUUUUACUGACGGAUUGGAGAAUGUAUACGACUACAGACUCUAGUAAUACAUAUUAUUAUUAUUAUAUUAUAUUAUUAUAAUGUAUUGUCAUCUAUUUAGAAAGCAAUUAUCAUAACGUCAUUAUUUGUAGUUUCUGAACAGUGUUUUUCCCAAUGUGUUUCAAUGCUCAUGCAGUGAUAGUUUUGGAAUGUAUUUUCACACUUUUGUAUGAUUUGUUUUUAAUGACAAGACAAGACUCUCCUUUAGAACAGAGCAGCCUAUGUGUAGCCAAGUUUUAUCUUUGCUGCUUAUGUUAAUGAAAUUAAUUUACAUGUCUGAUUCAGACAACUCUUCUCUGCUCUAAUUGCACUUAGGAAACAAAAGUGGACGUUUCUUGAAACAUCUCAACUGAUGUUAUUCGCUUUGUUUUCUCAUUCUUCAACUAUUCUUGUUUUUUAACAUUCUAUCCCAAAAACAACAACAAAAAAGCAAAAACGAAACGAAACAAAAAAUAAUUGAUUUUCUCAGUGACAUUACAGUGACCUAUUUCAUUUCUGAUUCAUUCAUUGGUUGUGAUCUUUGAUGUUUGUAUAUUUUGUUUGAUCAACAGUAGCAUGCUAGUUGAAGCUCUUCACCAUGAUGACAUGUCGAAAUAAAAAUACAAAACAACAAAAACGUGUUCUUACCUACACGUCUAGACACCCCCCCCCCCCGAAACACACACCCCAAACACACAAGACACACCCCCCAACACACCCCACAAUCGACACACCCCAAACACACCACACAAACACCAUCAUACGCACUAUGUAAAUAUGAGUUUGUUUUCUUAGCUUCAAAAUGUCUGUCUAUUUGUAUCUCACCCAUCUCGCAGAGAUUUCUUUAGUUUGUCAUCAAAUGGUGGUGUGAUUUUUGUUUCUAGGGUUGCCUUCUCUGUGUGUGUGUGUGUAUUUUAACAUUUAUUUCCUUAGUCUUUCAUUAUAAUAAAUAUUUAUAUUAUAUAAAUAUAUUUAAAUCUGUUCAUAUAUCGAUGACUAUUCCUGAAUGAUAUUUGCUGAAUAUAUGUUAUUGGUCUUUGUCUGUAAAAAAAAAAUAUUUGAUUGGAACAACGUAUAUGAAUUGAAUUAGAACAAUCUCACUUGUGUAUGUGUAUAUUACAAGAGAGGCUAUUUUAAACAAUUUCAAAGUAAAAAAACAGGUAAAAGUCUUGCAUACAGAGGUCCUAGCUUUCAUAGAAUUAGGGCUUCAAAGUCGCCAAAAAUAUCUACUUGAAAUAGGCCUUAUUUAUAGUUCUAUAUGUACAGAGCAGCGUGAAAUGUCUGUAUAGAAAGGAGUUUUUCUUGUAUUAAGAAUGACAUGACCUAAGCUCUGUUGGUUCCUCGCAAGGGCGGCAACUCUGAGAAGGGGGGGUGGGGUAUGAGAUGACGUUAUCCCGUAGUGCCCGCCUUUGGUGUGAAUUGUUUUUGUGUUUUGACUUGAUUAUUUCACCUGGAGUAUAACAUGCGUGACCUUCCAAAACAAAGUGCAGAGUAGACACACUUUGUGCUGUACAGUACUAAAACUAAAUUUAGAAUUUUUAAUUGUUACAAUUAUUUUAUGUUUACAUCCGCCAUAGAUUUCCAUUGACUAGUGUUACGUCCAUUGUCUAGAUUUUUUAUUUUCAUAUUAUUUGAUUCGAUAUGUCAUUUCAAAUAGCUGCAAAGAUUAUUGAGUGAUGUAGAUAAAAUGAAUUGGUUACUAUGUACCUAUCACCCAUAAAUAAAGAACACAAAUUAGAAGUAAAAUAA